GCCGCAGCCACCGCGGGCCCCCGGCGGGCGCGCUCGGAGCCGGGGCCGGGAGCCGGGCUGGUGCGCGGAGAGGCUCGGCGAGCGCGGGCAGCGCAGGCUGGUUACUUUGUUUGGGCACAGACCUCAUCACCAUUGGAGAGAGGAGCCUGACAGCCGUGUUCUCUCUGAGAGUGUGACAAUUUAGUAUCCCCUUGUGAUGGAGGGCAGAGGCUCAGAGGUGCAAUACCUCUCUCUCAUAUAUCACUGUGACCGUGUUCUUACUAAGGUCUCGGGGAGACUUUACUGAUGAAAUCUGUAAAAUGUAAUCAGAUGUGAGUUUUGGACUUUCCCAUAACCAAGGUCAGAAUGCUGCCCCUCCGUCAUGCUCUGGCUGUAGCUGUUGUCCAGAUCUUUAUCUUGUCAGAAAACUGGGCAUUGGCCAAGAACAUCAACUUCUACAACGUGAGGCCUCCUCUGGACCCUACGCCAUUUCCAAAUAGCUUCAAGUGUUUUACCUGUGAAAAUGCAAGGGAUAAUUAUAACUGCAAUCGAUGGGCAGAAGACAAAUGGUGCCCACAAAAUACACAGUACUGUCUGACAGUUCACCACUUCACCAGCCACGGAAGAAGUACAUCCAUUACCAAAAAAUGUGCCUCCAGAAGUGAAUGUCAUUUUGUUGGCUGCCACCACAGCCGAGAUUCUGAACAUACAGUAAGGAGUGUGUGUGAGUGUAGGUCUUGCUGUGAAGGAAUGAUCUGUAAUGUAGAGUUACCCACCAACCACACUAAUGCAGUCUUCGCCGUGAUGCAUGCUCAGAGAACAUCCGGCAGCAGUGCCCCCACGCUCUACCUACCAGUGCUGGCCUGGGUCUCCGUGCCUCUGCUGACAUGAAGCCACUGUUCCUAAGAGAGACAGAAACCGCCCUCCGAAGCACAAGCCAAAAACUGUGUGAACGCUGAACGUUUGAGUGAAGACCAGUCUUGCACUUGGUGAAGAGUGCACCUUGGACGACCCCAAAGCAGAAGCCAGUUGUUCGCUGAGCUAAAGCACUCCUAUGUCGGGCCACAGGAUGGAGGAAGGGCAUGUAGCAGGAAGUGAGGGGAUUGUCUGGCUUCCAGGCUUGGCUUCCUGGUCAGAGGGGCUGCAUCUUGUCUCUUCUGCAGGGAGGAUCCUGCCAGUAUCUGCAACAGAGAGGUUGCAGCAGCCUGUUUUGGUCCUGCUGACCAGGCCUUUAGCUGAAUGGACUGCUUGACCUCAAGACUCCUUCAGAAUCUGCUGGGUCAGACUCUCUCAUUUCUGUGAUUAGCUCAGAGUGUCCCUAUGAAAUCAACUCUUCCAUCAUGAGAAAGCAAUUUUCCCACCAAUGACACAGUCAGUGAGAAAGGCAGCUAACUAUAGGAAGAAAACUUCAGUUGAACUAAUAUGAAACCCAUUUACUAUUGUGGGGGGAAAUAAAGCUUUUAA